UCAAAAUAUUGUGUACUACUAUCCAUUCUCAUUUUUUUCUUCAUCAAUUCACUAGAAUCGUGUCAACUGCAUCUGGAUCAUAUAGAGCAUGUGAGGAUUGUGUUUCAAGCUCUAGUAAGCUGACUAAUACCAUCUAAACGAGAAUGACGAAAAUAUUUUUCUUCACAUUAUAGUUCUAGUUGACAUUCAGAAACAAUUGGUCACGAUUCGUAUCGAUGAAAAUGUUCCUGAAGUUUAUAGUCAUUGUGGAAAUUUCUUUAUUGGUUGAGUGUGAGCGAUUUGAUUUGAGUGCAAAUAACAAAUAUUACGAAAUACCCACAUACAAUAUUUACGGCAGUGAAGAUAUAUAUAAUGGAAAUCGACGAGAUGUUUACAAAGGCCAUUACGGAUCAUCAAGAAUACCACCUUCAGUUGAACAAAUUGCUUCUUCUAGUUUUGAGGAAUCGUCUCACCAUGAUAGAAUUGAUUUUCAUUAUCCACACGUUGAGUUUUUGACGAAAGAUGAAACUACCCCCGACUUUGGCGAAUUCCAGUCAUCAUCGGUUAAUCAAUUUCACUUCACACCAAGUCCACAAAUUAUCGAAGACGACGCAUUUUAUAAAAAAAGCACAAGAAGACCAAGGUUAAAAGUUCAUAACGUGAAUUCAUCCGAAUACUCAUAUGAACCUGUUAAAUUAUCCCACAUCCAGAAAGUAUUCAAGCCAACUGUAGAAAAUGAAAAUACAAAGUACGAGGAGAUCUAUACAGAAGCCCUAAACACGCCAGAAAAAAACAGUACCAAAGAACGGAUAAACGUACUGCUGAAGAAGUAUUUAUCAAAACUUUACUCACAGAAAUUCAAUAAUGCAUACAAAAAUGAAUGGGAAGCAACUGUUAAUCCCCAGUCAGUUUCGGAAAACGAGAAAGAAUUAUCUCCUAAAACAAAGUAUUAUGACAGCAGUUUAUGGAGUUUGAAAAAUGAAAAGAUUCAAAAAAUAAACAAACUUUUCAGUUUAUUCACAAUAGUACAAUUCAACAAUUCUCAGUGUAAUGCUACCAGUUCUGCAGGAUCGUAUCUAGGAAUCUGUUAUACAACAUACGAGUGCAGUAAUUUGGGAGGAACAGCAGUAGGAAAUUGUGCUAGUGGAUAUGGAGUUUGCUGUGUUU